GGGUAAGAUGCUGUGCACGGUGUCUGGAGGAUCAAAUGUGCACACACACUCAAGAAAAUGUCCUUUCACAUACACACUCACUCAAUGGGAUUUAGACUGGAGUCCUUCCUCCCUCCUUCUCUACUCUAAUCGCAGUGUUGUGGUUUUCUCGCUGUGGCUCUGUGGUUAUUUUCUCCUCCCUCUCAGAAAACUCUCUGUCUCUCUCUCUCUCUUUGCCAUGUAUAUAAGUAAGCAGUGGGUAGGCUUUUCAGCAGACAGAGAAAAACUAUGCAAGAGUACUUUAGAUGUAGAGAGGUGUGUGUAGUGCAUCAUCAGCCAUAUGUGACUGAAGCAGCUGCGUGGGAUCUACAGGAUGAUUGACAGUUGCCAGUGCUGAGUCACAUAGCAGAAUGCCCGGUGUGCCCUGUGGGGCCUUGAAACACCACACUGUGCCCGUAGCCUGUGCCAUCAUCUGUUCCUGGCUGUUGAUCCUGGUCCAUUCUGCCUUUUGCCAGAAACCUGCAAAGCUGCCUCUGGUGGGCCGCAAGCCUUUCCUGGCAGCCUGGAAUGCUCCACUGGAUAUGUGUACGUUGAAGUACAAUAUCAGCGUCAGCCUUGAACUUUUCCAUAUCAGCGGUAGUCCACGAGCUGUCCACACGGGCCAGAAUGUCACCAUCUUCUAUGCCAACCGCCUGGGUUACUACCCUUUCUACAAUGAACAAGGGGUUCCCAUCAACGGAGGCCUACCUCAGAACAGCAGCCUUGAAGCACAUCUUCACAAAGCCCGAAAAGACAUAGCACACUUCAUCCCUUCUGAAGAUUUCCGGGGCCUGGCUGUGAUCGACUGGGAGUUCUGGCGGCCACAGUGGAAUCGUAACUGGCACAAGAAAGAAAUUUACCGACAGCGUUCACAAGAGCUGAUUGCACAGGCUUACCUUAAUGUGACCAAGGAACAGGUGGAAGAGCUGGCACGCUUGCGCUUCGAGAAGAGUGCCAUGGAGUUCAUGCAGGGCACACUGAAGCUCGGUACACAAACUCGUCCGCACGGACUCUGGGGUUUUUAUCUCUACCCUGACUGUCACAAUUACAAUGUACAUGCACACAACUACAGCGCCACAUGCCCCCUACAGGAGACCCACCGUAAUGACCAGCUGUUUUGGUUGUGGAACAGCAGCACUGCCUUCUUCCCAGCCCUCGCUAUACGCAAAGGCCACAUGGACAGCAUUCGCAACCUGCACUUCUCACAGAACAGGGUACUGGAGUCGCUGCGACUGGCCUCCCUUAACUCACUGCCCUAUGAGCUACCUACAUUUGUAUACACACGCUUGGGGUAUAGAGACGAGGCCAUGGCUUUUCUGACCCAGAGUUUAGCCCCAACCAGCCCCAACACACUUUCCUGGAAGUUUCUAGUGCACCUGAAGACCUUCAGAGACUUGAUACAUACAAUAGGAGAAAGCGCUGCUUUGGGUGCUGCAGGAUUCGUCAUUUGGGGGGAUCUUAACCUCACUUCUUCAAGGCAAAAUUGUUCCAAAGUGAAAGCCUUUCUGAACUAUAGACUGGGUCAGUACAUCACUAACGUUACGCAGGCAGCAGAAAUUUGUAGCGAAUUACUGUGUCAGACCAAUGGUCGCUGUGUCCGUAGAGACCCACAGGCACCACACUACCUGCACCUGAGCCGCGGCAACUAUCGGAUCCUGUCUAAUCGGAAUGGCACCUUCACCGUGAUCGGCCAGCAAACUAAGAACGAGCGCCAGAUGCUGGCCGACAGGUUCCGCUGCCACUGUUACCAGGGGUAUGAAGGAGAGCGCUGUGAUAGCAUAGAGCCGGAGGAGACAGAGGAGGACAACAUGAUAAAAGAGGAUGUGGAGGAGGAGGAGGAGAAAAAGAAGGAAUCAGAGGUCUACAACGACAUAAGGGAUACUGCUGUGCCGUUACAAAACGCCUUCAUCCUGACUGCUCUUCUCCUCUUGUUGAACUUCAGUUCUAUUUAGAGGUGAAGUGUGUAUUUUCUGCACCACUGACAUCAGAUGGAACUGCCAAAACAACAGUAAUCAUUUUCAAACAGGUUUCCCAAACACUCCUCUUGUCUUCUAUUGGUUAAACAAAUAGAUAGCCCCACCCCAAACUCACAUAAUUUGUUAAGCCACUGUUGCCAAUGGCUGAUAAACAUAUGAGAAUUUGAUUUAAAGAUACCAAAUAACUAAUCCUUUACUUUUUUUUGUGCAAAAUAUUAACUAAAUUAGAAAUUUAUAGUUUGAAAAUGAAUCAAUAUAUAUAUAAAAAAUUGAACAGGAUAAAAAUUAUUGUAAAACUUUGUUUACAAUUUCUGCAUAAUUUAUUUCGGACUAAUAAUUUAUUAGAUAGAACUGUUACACUAAGACAGGAAACAGAAAAGACAGAGAACAGGAGCUCCUGCAUGUCAUCGCUGUCAAAAUAAAAGUCCUUCAGACUGACUUCUGACACUUAUCAACCAACCAGAAAAACUCUAAUCUCGGAUUAGAAAAAUGACACACUUCACCUUUAAUGAAAAGUGGCUAAAGAGCCACUUUGAUGGCACAUCAUCACUCAGUAAGGUUUUAAUAUUUGUGAUUUUGCAUUACUGAAAAAUUAUAAUUGUUACAUUGGUGCUGUAUUCUAAUGUAGAUUCGAUGCAAGCCUUGUUUGCACAAUCUUCAGUCUGUUCUGAAUGAAUGCUCAAUGAUUGUUAACUUGUCAAAUUUUUGACAGAAAAGGUUAAAUUUAUGCAGUCUGUUUUUACAAGGCACUGACACCAAGAUGCUUCCCGUGAAGUAUAUUAGCAAGCUCAUCACUUACAACAAUAAUUGCUAUCAGAGCACUUCAAAGUCAGGGAGCGCUGGGUUUUCAAAACAUACCUAAAUGAGGUAAGAUCCACAUAUUAUAUACACGUCAAGCUUUAAAAUCUAAACUGACCAAAUGUUAUAUUUGUCCAAAUAGCUAAAUACCAAGUAGCUAAAUUUAAAAUAAUUAUAGACUAUAUCAGUUAUUCAUUAUUUGAAGUAACUUGUGCCAGUGGGUCAAAAUAAUCCUUAGCCUAAUGGUUUAAAUCAUAAUAAAAUAUUAUGUACCACAGUUUAUAAUAUUCUCAAAAAAGGGAAAACAUAGAAUACACAAAUCAUGUUCAGAUGUUACUGUUUUCAUCUUAUUGAACAUAGUACAAAGUACAUUUGUAAAAUAUAGUACAAAUGUAUAAAAUGUAUAAAAUACAGUACAAAUGCCAACAUGUCAAGUUUGUCGUUAUACCAUUAUAAACAAUUAAUCAUUAUAUAUUUCAUCAUAUUUUAAGCUUUUAUCAAAAUUGCACACUAGAAUAAAUCAUUGUAAUCAUUAUAUUAAUGAUGAGAAAACUCAGAGGACACAACCAGAAUUGAAGCUAGUUGAAUUUCAUUACAGAAUUUCAAAGUAAAAAUUAGCUAAUUUUAUUGUUUUUCCCCCAAAUUCCAGAAAUGUGUGUUAAACCAAAGAUUAUGAAGAUGUACUGUAUGUUUACACAUGUAAGUUUGCAUCUGCUAAACUACAGAAUGCUGUGGUGUGUGAAAACUCAUUAUGAUUGUAUGUUAAACUCUGUCUUUUUUGUUCUUGAUUGAAUGAAGCCGGAAUGAUUGAUACUGAAAACAAAGAAAGGUAAUAUACCUCAACAUCUUUCAGUACUUUGAAUACUUUUAAUUAGCAGAUUCUGCAAUUUGUUAGAAACUGUAAUAGAGGUCUACAGAUUGUCUUACAUGUACAGUUUCAGGUUGAAGGAUAAUCAGACUGUUUUAUCACUAUUUUCUGACCCAUUUUGACUCAAUAUGCAAAUUUUUCUAAAAUACUGCAUUUUGUAGCAUGUAGACAGUAGUUUGUAUGAGACACUAUUAUCAGAGCCGUCAUUAUUAAUCAGUGUAUUUUUACCUCAGUGCUGAAGU